CGUACGUGCUUCAGCUACUGAUGGCUGAACACAAGCCGUGAUCACAGGGGAAGUACCUCUAACGACAGUCACUGAUUAUGGCAAGGGAUUAAGGGCAAAUGCUUGACGCGACCUUACAUUCUCUGCCAACAUAUGGAUCGAGGACAAUGAAGUAGCAUUUCAUUUAAUAUGCUGAACUCCAAUCGACCAAUAACCGCCACUCCCUUGAUUGCGCCUUUAAAACGGGACACGAUACCUUCAAGAUAAAUGCAUCGACUUAUAUUUAUGACUGGCACAACGGCGAGAAGACUGGGUGAAUGAAGAGACGUAUCCAGGCCUGCUAAACAAGCGUAUGCAUUUCUCUGGAUCAUUUACUAUGGCUGUUACAACCACAAACGUUGGGAAUUCUACAAUGUACCACAACAUGAGCAUGGAAUACUGUAGAGACUAUUUGCUAGCUUUGAUGGGACCCAUAAAGAAAGAUUCAGGAGUGGUAUAUUGUAACUCUACCUUCGACACUGUCUCGUGUUGGCCUCCCACCCCCGAGGGAAUCCUUGCUGUCAUUCCCUGCCCCCAGGGUCUGAGUGUGGUUGAUCCAACAAAAAACGCCUCACGGCUGUGUGACGUCGGUGGAGUUUGGGCGAACAAAUCAAAUUACAACGACUGUUUGACUGUAUACGAAGACCACCACCAUGUUGAUGGCUUUACACCGGACAAACUCGGAGUCAGGGUCAUCUACAACGUCGGAUUCACCGUAACAACAGUGGCCUUGGUAGUAGCUCUUGUAAUAUUUCUGUACUUCAGGAGUUUACGAUGUUUACGAAACAAGAUUCACUGUCACCUCAUCGUCACAUUCAUCUUGCAAAACGUCAUGUGGGUGUUAAUGCACAACACCUUGCUGCAAUUAUGGAGGUCGAAAUACGAGUGGAUAUGCAAGAUCAUUGUGACCCUGUACAACUACUUCCACGGAACCAAUUUCUUCUGGAUGUUUGUGGAAGGGUUAUACCUGUUUACCAUCAUCGUGUGGGCUUACUCUGCAGACAAGAUCAAGCUGUGGCACUACAUGAUAGUCGGUUGGGGGAUACCUUUCAUAUACACGAUUGUAUGGGCCGUGGUCAGAUCGACGCUAGAUGACUUCCAGUGUUGGCUGCCAUCAGAGACACAUUAUGACUACAUACUUCACGUCCCUAUAUUCUGGGUCCUGGUGAGUAACAUUCUCUUCCUGUCUGCCAUUAUCUGGGUCCUCAUCACCAAACUCAAGGCCUCCCACAAUUUGGAGACACGCCAAUACAGAAAGGCUGUGAAGGCAACCAUCAUUCUCUUUCCUUUGCUGGGGGUCACCUACGUGCUUUUCUUGAUUCCACCCAGCAACGACCCCGUGGUACAGAACGUGUUUCAGUACGCCAACGCAUUUCUUCAGUCAUUCCAGGGUCUGUUUGUGGCGGUGUUCUAUUGCUUUUUAAAUGGCGAGGUGCAAGCAGCCAUUCGUAAAAAGCUGAGCAACUACCAGGAGAGUCGAAGUAUCGUUACGAGAUACACGAAAACCUCAUUUGUUGGCUCUCCGGCACGCUCAACCAGCAACUACAACCAGAGCCUUCAAAUGAGCACGUGUAAUAACGGAAAACAAAAUGGCUGCCGAGGGACGAGAUACAGCGAGAGUUCGCGUGGAAUGGAGGAGGAAGCAGAAAACAUGUUGUGACUCCUCACUGGAAAAUUAUGGUCCAACAAAAGAUCACAUGUCAAAAUGAACAUUAACGAGGUAAUGCUGUAAUCGACAGAUAUAGAUAUCAGUCAAUUGUGCUGAGUGAGCAUUUUAAAGAGGAACAUCUGUUCGUUGCAAAGGGUAGGGAUCAUUCAUUGUCUUCGGUUCCCUUGCAUGUGACUGUAAGAACAGUUUGUUGUCGGAAUUUCCUGUAUGAGAUUCAGUACGAUGUUAAAUUUCAAGAGAUUUACUGUUGUAUAUUUUUAAAUGUCGUCAAAGUUCUUUAUACAUCUCAUUGAGCUGUAUGAAUGCGACAAGUUGUUGAGAUGUAUAUCCCCUGUAGCCCAGUGCAUUAUAUGUCUAUUGACUUUACGAUACCAUCCUAGAGCAACUCGUGACCACAGCUACGGUUCGGAGUGAGUGAGUGAGUGAGUAUGGUUUUACUGCGUUUUUAGAAUAUUCCAGCAAUAUCGCAGCGGGGAAUACG